CGAAACCCCACAAUUCGCGAAGACGCGUCUUAAGCGUGCGAACCCCUGUUGAACCCCCCUCCUCCCCCUCCAAUCCCAUUUCAACAACGCAUGUGCGGAGGGCGCAAAAGUCAACAAAGCAACGUCAUUUCAUCGCCCAAUGCAGAGGCCCAAUGCUAGCAUGAAAGCCCCAGAUCUCUGAAUCUGUUUCAUGCACAACGUGGCAGCUAAACGAGGACAACGAAGACGCUCCAUAUUUCCAUCAUGGCCGACGACUUUGACAGUUCCGACCAUGAAGACACUUUUGCAUCGCCGCCCCAUCCUGCGCCUGGUCGGUCUAAGACACCAACCAAGCAGAACUCGCGGUUUGAUACCGAUGAAUCCCGAGAAGCCGCCCUGCGUAAGGAGCUCGAUGGGGUCAGGAAGAUCAACGAGGUGAUUGAGGGGGUUAUUGGCACCCUGGGGAGGGCCAAGGGGAACAUGGGGACUGUUUCCAAAACGGUAGACAAUGCGUCAACCCUGCUUAACACUUGGACACGCAUCCUCUCACAGACAGAACACAACCAGCGAUUGCUUCUCAAUCCCGAGUGGAAGGGAUCAACGCAAGACGUCGCCGACAUGGAGAACGAAGCGUUGAGUAAGCAGCAGGAGGCUGAGAGACGGGCGGCCGAAGCGGAGCAGCGCCGUGGGGAGGUGCAGAGGAGGGCAGAAGAGGAGGAGAGAAGAAGAGCCGCGGGCACGACAUCAUCAUCUCGUGGAGUCGGUCGAGGGGGGACGAGGGGAAGGGUUAGAGGAGUAACAAGAGGGGUGGCCAGAGGGGCAACAAGAGGGGCCACAAGAGGCGCUGCGAGUUCGUCGUCCUCGGCGUACGGUGCCGAUACCACAUCGAGCAGUAUCGUGAGCUCGAGGAACACGUCCGGGAUAGGCAGGGGAGGGUUCGGAUAUACAAGGGGAUCGUCAAGGGGCGUGAGAUGAGCAGAUAUUUUGCGAGAGCAAUUGUUAUCCUGAUUAUGCCCGUAUAUUCGUACCACGAUGCCAACCCCGAACGCCUGAUCCU